AUGUCCCACCCCAACUUGCAUUCCCCGGAAAUAACACGCCAGAUCGAGGUGCUCGAGGACGAAAUCGCUUUCCAGAACGUUCUAUUUGCAUCAAUCGACGACAACGUCCAAGAUCGCGAGCAGGCCGAACAAGACAUCCGGGAUGAGAUCUGCUCUCUAGAGCGCCAGUUAAAAGACCUUAAACGCUGUACCAGCGCUGCUACUAUUACGACAGCCUCGAAUUAUCCUUCUUCCCAAAACUCCUCGCAGAGCUUCCAGGCAGCCUUUUCCAGCUCUUCGAGAAAGAAUAACGCGAUCAGCAACCUCGACGGCGGUGUCGACGGAGAGCCUGCCGGAGAGAUGAACGGCUACUUGGGUCAAGGUCAAGAUCAGUGGCGCCCUCUGGCCUCGCACUCGUUGACACCCUCAACCCCGGGCUCUGAUCCGCUCGGGAACCCCCUCCUCACCCCUUCGCAUACGAAAUUGUCUGCUCGAAAACGCUCCCAUAGCAAGUACCUCGACGACCAGCUCGCCCCGGUCGAAGGUAACAAGUCCAGACGGACAUCACAAAGCCCUUUUGGCACUGGUCCUCCCACCCCAUCUACAAUCAGUUCAGGUGAAGAUAGUUUUAGUGCUUGGCAACGCAAGCAGAACGAUGAGGCCACGAGAAUCAAGCGAGAGCGAGAGGAUGCUGAGUUAGCUCGUAUUAUUCAAGAAAGCCUAGACAACCUGUCUACGUCGUCAAUGCAACCACCUGCUCGUUCGGAUCGCUCGGCUUUCGAUCGACUUUCCGGAGCGCAUCAACUAUCCUCUAGCUCGGGCAGCCCUUACUCAUCCAGUCUUUCUCAACAAGGAUCAACGUACAGUGGCCCUUCUAGAUCUAUGACCCCUGGUACCAAGCGGGAGGUACCACGAAGUUCGAUGUCCGGACUCAGUUCUUAUGCAUCUUCAAACCCUCCCAGUGGCUUCACGAGAAAGACACCUGCAGACCCUUCCUACACUUCGUCUGCCUUCAAGAGCGAGCGUCCCUCACGUCCCAUUCCAGGUUCCUAUCAAGACGACUCUUCCAAUGCCAGUGAUUCUGACAUUGAGAUCAUACCAGCAUCGGCGUUCCGUGCCAAUGGGCGCAGCUCCCGCCCGACCGGAAAUAUGGCAAACUCUUACACUUUGCCUUCGCCUUUACCAAAGUCCAAGCCUCUGGGUUUUGGCAACAGUGCUGCAGAUGUCCAGUUUUUGAGGCAACAGGCUGCAUCUACAUCUAAUGACACGUUACAAAGAGCCAUGUUUGGCACUCAUCCGAAGCCUCAAUGGAUGAAUGCUGUGCAGCCCAGCAUGGGCGGCGGUAAUAUGCUGUCAAAGAACGAGAUUUCCAGUGCUUAUUCAAUGAACGAUAUUCCGGUUUAUCAAAGUCACGGCUCCAUGGCUAUGGCUGGUUCACCCCCACAUUCCAAUUUUUUCGAAGACAUUAUCACUCGUGGCGGUGAUAGCAUCAACGCAGUCUCGGCAUACCUAGGACUCAACGAUCAUAUGCUGGACCAGCUGGGCUAUAUCAUGAACGACCCUCGGAAGAACGCCGAAGAAAUCAAGAAUUUGCUGGAAAAUAUCCGCCCGGAUGAGGAGGUCGCUCCGGAAGAUAGGGAAGGCACCCCUGAAGGCCUUGUCUACCCUCUAUAUGAGCAUCAGAAGAUCGCCCUGGGCUGGCUGAAAAAUAUGGAGGUUGGCAACAACAAAGGCGGAAUCCUUGCAGAUGAUAUGGGCCUGGGCAAGACCAUCUCUGCACUUGCACUCAUUCUCUCUCGUCCUUCCUCGGAUCCAGCCCGUAAGACCACUCUUAUCGUUGGACCAGUUGCUCUCGUUCGUCAGUGGGGCCGAGAAUUCAGAAGCAAGAUUCUGCCAGGCUACCGGCUGAGCGUGUUCAUGGCGCACGGGACCACCAAAUCUCUCAACUGGGAUGAAAUUCGGACCUACGAUGUCGUCUUGACCACAUAUGGGAAACUCGGUCACGAGUACAAGCGUCUCCAAAAAUUCCGUGACAACCACAAAUUGAACGGCGGCAUGGCCGACCACAACGCCAUGAAGAAAGACUUUCCUUUCCUUGGCCCAAAGAGCAAGUUCUAUAGAGUCAUCCUCGACGAAGCCCAGUGUAUCAAGAACAAGAGCACCCACGCCGCUAGAGGAUGCUGUUCUAUUGCAGCUAGAUACAGAUUCUGUCUCACCGGUACACCUAUGAUGAACAAUGUCCAAGAGCUGUACUCUUUGAUCAACUUCCUCAGAAUUGGGCCCUACGACGAAUGGACCCGGUUCAACUCAACCUUCGGCAUCUUAACAAAAGCUGACAAAAAGUCAAAGCAAUCUGUUCUGGAGAGAGAUCUCAAGAACGCCAUGACGAAGCUCCAGGCGCUUCUGAAGGCAAUCUUGCUUCGACGCACCAAGAAGACGGAGAUCGAUGGUAAGCCUAUCAUCACUCUGCCACCCAAGACAGAAGAGAUUCAACAUGUCGUCUUCGAUGAGGAUGAGCAGGCAUUCUAUACCGCUCUCGAAUGCAAAACCCAAACCCAGUUCAACAAGUUCGUGAAGGCUGGGACAGUCACCAAGAACUACGCCAACGUGUUGGUUUUGCUUCUCCGCCUUAGACAGGCUAGUUGCCACCCGCAUCUAAUCCAGGAUUUCGAGCAAGCCCCUGUGUCCGCUUCUGAUGUUACGUUAGAGACAAUGAGGGAAUUGGCGCGAGGCUUGAAGCCAGACGUCAUCGCUCGAUUGUUGGAUUCCAACGAUAUAUUUGAGUGCCCUGUCUGCUAUGAUCCUGCCUCGAACCCCAAGAUCAUCACGCCAUGCGGCCACGAUACCUGCUCUGAAUGCUUAGCUAAGAUUACAGAUCAAGCUGUCCAGCAGAACGUUGCAGCUGGCAACGAUGCAGGUGGCAAUGCAAAGUGCCCUACUUGUCGCGGCGAUCUUUUCAAGGAAAAAGUCAUUGAUUACUCAGCUUUCAAGGAGGUCCACAAGCCAGCGAUCGAAAGUACAGAUGAUUUUGAAACGGCCAGUGACGACAGCGAUGAUGAUAGCGAAUACGACAACGAAAGUGACAGCGACACAGCUUCGGAAAAGGAUGCAGAUGCUCGAGGCAAUUUGAAAGGUUUCGUUGUGUCUGAUGAUCAGGACGAAGAGGUCGACGACGAUGAAACUGCUUCCGAAGAUGACGAUGGGCCGGAAGUGAUGGUUGAAAAAUCCCAGUCCAAGUCCAACGAUACAGGCAAGGGCAAAGAGAAGGAGCAGAAACAUAAGCAACUAAAGAAGUCGAAGGGCAAAGACAAGGGCAAGCAGCCUGGGAAAAAGCAGCAUAUAUCGAUCGCGAUGUUGAAGAAGGAGGCUUCCAAGUCAGCAGCGGGACGACGCCGCUACAUGAAGUACCUUCGAAAGCACUGGGUGCCAUCCGCCAAGACGACCAAGUGUGUUGAAUUACUCGAUCAAUUUCAAGCCGAUGGUCAGAAGACAAUCAUCUUCAGCCAGUUUGUCUCCCUUCUCGAUUUGCUGCAAGUACCGAUCGAUGAAAAGGGAUGGAAGUGUUUACGUUACGAUGGCUCUAUGUCCGCCGACGCUCGAAACAACGCUGUGAACCAGUUCUGUGACAGUCGGGAUUACAAUAUCAUGCUGAUAUCUCUCAAGGCUGGUAACGCUGGUCUUAAUCUGGUCGCCGCUUCUCGGGUGAUCAUUCUGGACCCUUUUUGGAACCCCUACAUCGAGAUGCAAGCUGUCGACCGAGCGUAUCGUAUCGGACAGCAGCACUCUGUUGAGGUUCAUCGCAUCUUGGUGGAGGGAACCGUGGAGGACCGUAUCAUUGAUCUCCAAAAUCGUAAGAAAGAAUUGGUCGAAAGUGCUCUAGACGAAAACGCUGCCAAGUCCGUCAGUCGUCUCGGUGUCGCAGAGCUUGCGUUCUUGUUCAAUGGCUAG